CAUUGACUUCUGCACCUCACAAGUCUCUCUGUACGUGCUUAACCUCACUGGUGUUUCUUUUUAGCUAUAUAGCUGCUUCCUCAACUUUCAAGUAUUCACUCACCGAUCUACUCUCGUCAUUCCUCUCUGUAAACUAAACCAAACCAAGGUUAAAGUGCAGACUGCAGACUAAUAGCAGCUAGCUCUUCAAUUUCCUUCUGAUUUGAGAGUGUCCCUGCAUCUUACAUCAACCUUCUUUCGGUUUUACUUCAGGAUUAUAUGCCAAAUCAUAACCAAGCAGAAACAAAAAGAAGAUCCAGUUUACUUCAUAACAAAAACAUCGAGUUAUAAAAGAUCAUUACCAAAGCAGCCAAGCAGGCAUGGAGUUUCUUGUUGCAAUUGGUACUGGAAUUGUUGGAAAGAUUGCUGAGUUCACAGUUGCACCAGUUAUACGCCAAGUGGGUUAUGUAAUCCACUUCAACAAGAACCUCAAAAAACUAGAGAGUCAAGUAGAUAAAUUGGGUGAUGCCAGACAAAGCAUGAAGCGUGCUGUUGAAACAGAGGAAAGAAAAGGUAGAGAAAUUAAAGCAGGUGUCAAGAACUGGCUGACUAAAGUGGAUGAGAUGACUAAAGAAGCAGACGAUUUCUUGAAAGAUGAACAGCAUGCAGAGACUAGAUGUCUCCAUGGCUUUUGUCCUAAUCUAAAGUUUCGCCAUCAUCGCAGCAGGAAAUCAACAAAAUUGUUUCAAGAAGUUGCUGAGCUCCUUCGCACAGAUUCUGGCGAUAUUGCAUACGAUGUCAAACCAGAGGAGGUGUGCAUCACACCUGCUAAAGAUUACCAGGCCUUUGAUUCAAGGACUUCAGUUGCGAAGGAAAUCAUGAAUGAACUGAGACAAUCUAAUACCGACAUGAUUGGGGUGUACGGUAUUGGGGGCGUGGGGAAGACAACACUUGCUAAAGAAGUUUAUCGGCAAGCUCAACAAGAUAAAACGUUAUUUGAUGAUGCUGUUAUAGUACUAGAUGUAAAAAAGAUUCCAGGUUUGGAAGAAAUUCAAAAAAGAAUUGCUGAAAAGUUGGGAAUGGACAUUCUCGGAGAUGAGACUACAGACAAAAGAGCUAGUCGUCUUUGUAGUAGGAUAAAAAAGAAGAAAGUUCUGGUAAUUUUGGAUGACAUACAAGAAAAAAUUGAUUUGGAGAUUGUGGGACUUCCAUUGGUGUCCAAUUGUAAAGUAUUGUUGACAUCUAGAACCAGAGAGGUAUUAUCGGGUGAGAUGCAUACACAAAAAGAGUUUCAACUUGACCUUUUAGAUGCAGAAGAAAACUGGAGUUUAUUUGAGAAGAUGGCAGGUGAUGUUGUUCAAAAUUUUGCCAUACGAGAAGUAGCAACAGAAGUAGCCCAAAAGUGUGGAGGCUUGCCAGUUUUAGUGGUAACAGUUGCAAGUGCCCUGAAGAAUAGAAGUGAAUUACAUGCUUGGAAAGAUGCCUUGCGACGCCUAAAAAUAUUUGACAAGCAAGGAUUUAUGGAAAAAGCGUACUCGGCUCUAGAGUGGAGUUACGAGCAAUUAGAUGAUAAGGAGCUUAAGCCAUUGUUCUUGCUUUCUGGAAUUAUCAAGGGUUCCUCUAUAUGUCUUAAUGAUUUACUGAAAUAUAGUAUGGGCUUGGGUUUGAUUAAAAACGUGGAUACAAUGGAAGAAGCACAGGAUGCAUUGCAUUCACUGGUUGAAAAACUUAAAGAUUAUUGUCUGUUGCUAGAGGACAAUGAUCAUAAUGGAGUUGUCAGAAUGCAUGAUCUUGUUCAUGAAGUUGUAAACCGGAUUGCCUGGAGAGAUAAACACGUCUUCAAAGUUGCUAUUGGAGACGAGUUCAAAGAAUGGCCGACUAAGGAUUUUUGUACAAAUUGCACUAUGAUCAUUCUCAAAAGCUGCAGUAUCCCCCAGCUUCCGAAAGGUUUGGAAUGCCCAGAACUGAAAAUGUUUAACUUUACUAGUAGGGAUGUUGAUCACUACUUGGAAAUUCCUAGCAACUUUUUUGGAGGGAUGAAGAAAGUCAGGGUAUUGGACUUGACUAAGUUGAGUAUCCCAUUGCUACCUUCAUCUCUUCAAUUCCUAGAAAGCCUUCGAACGUUGUGUUUGGAUCAAUGCACCUUGGGAGAUGUAACUCUGAUCGGACAGCUACAAAACUUGGAAAUUCUCAGCUUUAUAGAGUCCAAAUUCAAAGAGUUGCCCAAAGAAAUAGGGCAAUUGACUCGUCUACGAUUUUUGGAUUUGAAUGGUUGCUCUCAACUCGAAGUGAUUUCACCUAAUGUUAUAUCAAACUUGAAAAGGUUAGAAAACUUGAGAAUGGGUAACAGCUUUAAUCGAUGGGAGGGUGAAGGAGUCAUCAGUGGUGAAAGAAGAAAUGCAAACCUUGAAGAGCUAAAGCACUUGCCUCAGCUAACUGCUUUACAAAUACAUAUCCCAGAUGCUAGCAUCCUUCCAGCAGAUUUGUUCACCACUAGUAAGUUAAAGAGAUUCCAAAUAUGUAUUGGUUAUGCGUGGAAAUGGGAUAAUGUGGAUGAAGCCCUCAAUGCACUAAAGCUCCGACUCACUGCCAGCAAUGAAUUAGACCAAGGUCUAAGAAUGUUGCUGAAAAGAACUGAAGACUUGUACUUGGAGGGGACAGAGGGUGUUAAUAAUAGUAUUGUCGAUCAAAUAGGUGCCGAAGGUUUUCAGAUAUUGAAGCAUCUCCAUCUCCAAACGAAUGCCGAGUUUACGUAUAUCAUAAAUGGGAAGGUGUGCUCCUUCAUUUGUUCAAAUUUGUCAUCAUAUUAUAAUUAAUUCUAUUACUUUGUUAAGGUCGUACAUAUUAUAGACGUCGUACAUGUAUUAAGGUCAUUAUUUCUGUGCAUAGAGAAUAAUUUCGAGAGAGAUGCACGAGCUACUUGAUUUUCAUUUUGCGAAAUUCUAAUCUCCUUUAUUAUCAAGCACAGACCAUGGUAUUACAAUUGUCCUGUUAUUUUGCUGUUGUUAGAA